AUGGGACAACUGCUCGACUGGGAUAGUAGCGGACUAUGCCCAAACACUUCGAAGUACGAAGUACACAAAGGACACAUGAUUGCCGCUCGUUACGGGAUAGGAAACGCGAAAAGGGUCAAGGAUACAUUUACUUUGACGAACGUAGUGCCACAAGAAAGAGAUUUCAAUUCUAACCGAUGGAUGAGAGCCGAAGGGUCCCUCAUUCAAUGGGCUAAAAACUGUCAAAACAUAGCACCAACGGCAACGAUAGAGGCAAGAAUAUAUAUCGUAGUAGGAGUGAUUCCUACAAGCUUCUAUGGAACAUCCAAGACCAAGUUUUUUGGUUCUGCCGGAUUCGGUAAUUUUCAAGGUGAUUCGAAGAUUUUUUCGGGCUUUGGUUAUAGAAUUUUGGUUCCAGAGAUCAUGUGGACAGCCGCAUGCUGUAUGUAUACUGAUAAUACCGUCGCUGGUACAUAUGCAUUUUGGAGGCACAACCACCCGAGCAUAGCACAAGUGAUAUACCAUACCAACAACCAAUCUGCAGUUACAGAUAUGUUCAACAGUAUUCAAACCGAAAUAACGGCAACCGUGCCAGGCGCAACAUUUUCUCGCCCCAACGUUUUUCCAAAUCAGCCGAACUGCAACUAG